AUGAAAUUCACUUCAAUCAUCGCUGCUUCUGUUUUCGCCUUAGGUGUUAUUGCUGCUCCAGUUGCUAAAGCUAACGCUGUUCCAUCUUUACCAGAUUUAAAUGCAAUCCAAACUGGUUUCGCUAACAUCACUGGUGAAGUUCAAGAAUUAACCACUUUAUUAACCACCACAGAUGCUCCAAAAGAUUCAUUAACUGAAAUCACCACUAUUGUUCAAGAAACUUUAACUGGUUUAUUAAGUACACUUGGUGGUUUAACCGGUUUAGACGGUGUCUCUGAUGCUUUAAACACUUUAUUAAAUGAUACUUUCAGUAAAUUAGAUGCUGUUUUAGAAAACUCAGGUUUAGAUGCCACUUUAAACAGAACCUUAGAUGCUUUAAUUGGUUCAGUCAAAGCUUUAUUAGGUAAAUUAUUUGAAACCAUUAACAACGUCUUAGACAACUUAUUACACUUGAACUUGAUUGGUGCUUUAGUCUCAUUAUUAUCAGGUUUAUUUGCUGGUAUUGAUUUAUUAUUAUCAAACUUGAAAAACGUUGGUUUACCAUCUAAAUAA